AUGAGUUCAUUAGUCUUUUCGCUGUGUCUCUGUAUUCCUAUCCCUGCUAUUCUUUUUCUUCUUGUAUGCUCUACUUCAUCAGUUGCGUCAACCAUUAGGGCAGAGGAGACAGACCGAGAAGCCUUGAUUGGAUUCCAGGCCCAAAUAACCCACGAUCCUCUUGGGAUCACGAACUCCUGGAAUCAUAGCAUCCACUUCUGUGAGUGGCCUGGUGUUAAAUGCUGCAGUGUCAAUGCAGGCAUUGUGAGGGUCACGACCUUGUACCUGCCCUCCAUCAACCUUGUAGGUUCUAUGUCACCGCAUAUUGGCAACUUGAGCUUUCUGACUUACCUGAAUCUGGCAAAUAAUAGCUUUAGCGGAGAAAUUCCUGUGGAAAUCCGCGGUCUACGCAGAUUGAAAAUUUUAAUUCUGGACAGGAAUCGGCUGCAUGGUCCACUUCGAGUACCACCAUCUUCCACAACAUUUUUGUCCCUUGCAGACAAUAAUUUUUCUGGAGAGAUUCCUUCCUCGAUAUGCAGGUUAACUUCUCUGCAGCAUCUUUCUUUGUCCAAAAACAACAUAAGUGGAACUAUUCCAAAAUGCCUUGGAAACUUUAGAAAUCUUUCUGUCUUGGAUUUGGGAAACAACAAUUUACAUGGUAGCAUACCAGCAACAUUUGUGGAAGGUAAUAGCUUGAGUCGCCUUGACUUGAAUGGCAAUCAAUUGGAAGGGCCAUUACCAAGAUCCUUGUUUAAUUGUAGCAAGUUAGUAACUUUGAACCUAGGGAACAACAGGAUAAAUGGAUCUUUUCCCUACUGGUUGGAAAAUCUUGCAGAGUUACGAGUUCUUGUUCUGCGAUGCAACAGAUUCUCUGGUCCCAUACCAACCUCAAAAGCUCGAUUUCCUUUCCCUCGCUUGUUAGUAAUUGACCUUUCCCACAACGACUUCACAGGUCCUUUGCCAGCCAGAUACUUUCAGCAAUUCCAAGCCAUGAUGAAAGAGAAAACCGCUGGAUAUUAUGAGGUUCAUAUGACAAUUACAAUCAAAGGGGUUGAUUUUGAGGUGACCAAAGUCCUUGAUAUAUUUGCAAUGAUUGAUUUGUCAAAUAAUCAGUUCAGAGGAGAAAUUUCUGAAAAUAUUGGAGAGCUUGAACUUCUAAAAGGGCAGAAUUUUUCUCAUAAUCAUCUAUCAGGACAUAUACCUGAGGCAAUAGGAAAUUUAUCAAAUCUCGAAUGGUUAGAUCUCUCCUCGAAUAAGCUUGUCGGGAGAAUUCCUGGGCAAUUGGUAGAUUUGACAUUUCUUGAAAUUUUAAACCUAUCAUUUAAUGAGCUUACAGGACCUAUUCCUCAAGGCAAGCAAUUCAACACAUUUGGAAUAGAGUCCUAUGAAAGAAACUUGGAAUUAUGUGGAUUUCCAUUGCCGAAUGAUUGUGCCAAUGAUAUCACACCGCCGUUGAUCUUGCCAGAAGGAGAUCGCUCUACAGGUGUUAUUUUUGAGUGGAACAUUAUACUUAUGGACUACGCAAGUGGAUUGGUAGCUGGAGUGGCUAUGGGGUAUAUUGUGUUUCAAACUGGAAAACCCCAAUGGUUUGUGACAACGUUCGAAUCUAAACGACUGAAAAUGGAGAAAAGAUGA